GUCGCGGUAGACGCUCGGCUGAAACGGCCCUCUUUUAAAGUUCCUGGGGGCGAAGAGUGGAGCGACCUGGACAAAGCAGGAGAAAACCGGGCCAAGAUUUUACCUUGUUAAUAAAGAACUCAUCGUUUUCCGUACCGGGAGGGCAGAUACCGCUCUAGAGAAAAGAGGUGCGACGCAUAAAACCGAGGUCUCACUUCCCGAUAACGUCAGAAAAUUCAGAAAAUGGCGGAGCCGGACAAAUUAAACAUCGACUCUAUUAUUCAACGUCUUUUGGAAGUGAAGGGCUCCCGGCCGGGGAAGAACGUCCAGCUGACGGAGAACGAGAUCCGUGGCCUUUGCCUCAAAUCCAGGGAAAUCUUCCUGAGUCAGCCAAUCCUGCUCGAAUUAGAGGCUCCUUUAAAAAUAUGUGGCGAUGUCCAUGGUCAGUACUACGACCUGCUCCGACUCUUUGAAUACGGAGGCUUCCCUCCAGAGAGCAACUACCUGUUUCUGGGCGACUACGUGGACAGAGGGAAGCAGUCGCUGGAGACCAUCUGUCUGCUUCUAGCCUAUAAGAUCAAAUACCCCGAGAACUUUUUCCUGCUGCGCGGAAACCACGAGUGCGCCUCCAUUAACCGAAUCUACGGCUUUUAUGAUGAGUGUAAGCGACGGUAUAACAUCAAGCUGUGGAAAACCUUCACAGACUGCUUCAACUGUUUACCUGUGGCUGCUAUUGUAGAUGAGAAAAUAUUCUGCUGUCAUGGAGGUUUGUCUCCGGACCUGCAGUCGAUGGAGCAGAUCCGCAGAGUCAUGCGGCCCACAGACGUUCCGGACCAAGGCUUGCUGUGCGACCUGCUGUGGGCCGACCCGGACAAAGACGUGCUGGGCUGGGGCGAGAACGACCGCGGCGUCUCCUUCACAUUUGGGGCGGAUGUGGUGGCCAAAUUUUUGCACAAACAUGACAUGGACCUAAUAUGCAGGGCACAUCAGGUGGUUGAAGACGGUUAUGAGUUUUUCGCAAAGAGGCAACUCGUCACUCUUUUCUCAGCUCCCAACUACUGUGGAGAGUUUGACAACGCUGGUGCCAUGAUGAGUGUGGAUGAGACGCUCAUGUGCUCCUUCCAGAUUUUGAAGCCAGCAGAUAAGAAAUUGUAUCCUUACGGCGGCGGCGGAGGAGGAGGAGGUGUGGGACUGGGAAGACCCGUCACUCCUCCACGGAACGCAGCCAAGGCCGGCAAGGCCAAGAAAUAACACGCGCUGACUUCCUCUUCCUACGAUUCACCACCCUUCGUCGUUCCAACACCUUUUUUUAUCAUUUCUUCCUUCCUCUCUACCUCCCAAACUUGUCCCCUUCGUCGGCACUGAACAGCAACAAAGACAACCAGGGUUCAGUCGGGUUUUUCUCUCUGAAUGAAACACUUUUUGAACGUUUAUUUUGCUUUUUGUGUUGUAUUUGUGUGGAUAUGUGAGCGAAUGAUCCAGAGAAAGUUGCUGUAUUCACCAUGUACUUUUCCCACCUUUCAUGUUCCUGUUUUCCUGUUUUUUAUGUAAAGAAGAGUUGUUUUUUGCCUGUUUACCAUGUAAAUCAUACUUGGCUGCAGGGCAGAGCGGAUGGGGGCCAUGAAGAAGAGAGCUUUGGCUGUUUAUGUUGAGGUCUGGCACUGUUUAAUGCUAAACGUGAGCUUUUGUACAUUAGCUGUAAGGGAAAGGGGUGGAGAUCACAGGUGGGUAUAAGGUGAAUUCACUAGAUUUAUUUUUUCUUCUUCCAUUUUCAGAACCAAUCAUGUGAGAUCACGACCAUGGAUGUGAUAUAGAGGCUUGUUUUUGUAGAUAACUGACACCAGAAUGGUUUUUAUUUUAUUUUUAUUCUUUUCUCUCUCCUUGUUUUUAGUUCACUCGAAGCUAAAGAUGAAUAAAAGUAACCUUUAAUUUGAAGUACAUCAUCAUGCUCAUCACUUUUUGUCAGUGGCUGCUUUUCAUUUGUCGUGACUUUUAAACUAAAAAAUAUCUUAAGAGGUAAAAUAACUGAUAAUUAUGAUUAUAUUUUGCUCUGGAUUCUGAACAGGUUUUGACUAGAGCUGGGCGAUGUGGCUUAAAUAUAAUUUUAAAAUUAAUUUUAGAUUUUAAUCAAUUUCUUUUCUCACUUCCCUUUCUAAAAGAUUAAUUAUAAAUGACAGAAUAUUUUCAAAAAGUGGCUUUUAUUUCAAUCAUACCUUCUGUGAUCUGUCAGAGAAUCAGGGUCAAGCUACGAGAAUGUUUAAUUACAAGGAUAUAAUAGGAUAUGCAUAAUAUUAGCAGAAAAAGAUGGAAUUUGACCAGAAAAAAACAUCUUAAAUUUAUCAGGAAAAAAAAACUUGUUUAAAAAAAGAUUACCAGGAUUUUUAGUUGGUUUUCUUCAAAAUAGUAGUUUGCAUGAACAUUUCAAAACUACUGAUUGCAGCCUGGCUCCAGUGCUCCAUUUGUAAAGUUGACCUGAAUUAAAAAUAAACUGCUUUAACAUACACUUAACAAGAUGGCUGCUAAAGGAGUGAAUUGGUGAAAAAGAAAUGCAGAUUUUCCACAAAUUAAACCUUUAAAACAAAAUAAAACCCAUUUAUCGCCCAGCCCUAGUUGAUCUAUAAUUUUCAUAGUUUUUGUUUUAAGUUUUGGUUUGGUUUUUUUUUUUUAAUUUAUGUUGUCAUCAGAUCCAAAGCUAAUCAGAACAUCUCGCACAAACAAGCACAACUCCACAUUAAACUGGGAACGUGAGGCGUUCAUGAGUCCUUUAAACUUUUCAGCGUGAGUGAAAUAUUAUAUAUUUAAAAUAAAUGUAUAGGCUUAUAGCUUAAAGUUAGCCUGGUUAAAAAUCGGCCUCUUCUUCUACCCUUUGCUUCGUAUUGAGGGUCUUUAAAUUGCUUCGUAUUGAGGGUCUUUUUAGUUGCUAAUGUUCGCCCGUAAGGUAUGUAAAGCGCGAGUUCGACGCAAUGAAGCUUACCGGAAAUGACGUGCGCUGUAAACUAUCCAUUAUGAAAAGAGAAGUGUCCAGCCAAACAAAAUGGCUUUUAAUGCUAAAUAUUUGGAAGUGUGGCUAACACGGACUGAACGGCUUUUUUCUCUUCCUUCCGCUGCUGCCGCUGCUAGAACUACAGUCAGACUACAGUUAUAAAACGGCGCAGAAAAUGACGUCAUAGUUCAACUUUGACCGGAGCGGGCUUGCUAGGCUAGCUUAAAGUUACAAGCAAAUCGAGCGCUUCUUCAUUUUUUAGCUUUUAAAAACGCGUCUGUGCUUGUUUUAGAAUAAUAAUGAUCAUUUUUUUAAAAACAUAGAAAAUGACUGAAUGCUUCUGACUGCGUUCCCAGUUUCGUGUGUCCUAACUGUGGGAAAAGAGCCAUAAAAAGAAUAAAAUUUAAUGUCAAAUUAUUCCAAUCAACUGUGAGCCCUGGAUAUUAUGCGGUAGCGUUUCUAAACUUACACAGUAAAAAAUUAACAGCUGUAAUUUGGUUUAGUUAGCCUGACACAAAGGAAAAAAUGUGGGUGUUAAUUUUUUUUAAAGUUAUAUUUUCACCAUGUCAUUUAUACAUUUAUAGAUUUACUUAUUUCAUCAGCUAAUAUAUAACUUCUAAAUUAAGUAUUUAGUUGGCAAUGUAAAUAUUUAGCUCGGAAAAUAAAUAUUUAGUUUGAAAAUUAAAUAUUUUGCUUGAAACAUUUUUUUAAACUAAAUAUUUAGUUACCAAACUAAGUAUAUUUCAUUUGGACUAGAUAUUUAGUUUGAAAGCAAAAUAUUUAGCUUAAACUUAAACAUUUAGUUGGGAACUAAAUAUUUAGCUUCCUAUAUUGUUUAAUUUACAAUCUAAAUAGUUGUUUUAAACUAAAUAUUCAUAAUUAUUCCUUAUAAAUCCAGAAUAAGAUUGUGAAAAUAUGACUUGAACAUCUGCAUUUUUUUCUCUGACAGGCUAAAUACACAAAAUUAUUGCUGUUAAUUUUUUCACUGUGUAACUUUACAAACGGCACUCUGUACGAUAUUCCUAAUAUUUAGUUGUUUGUUUUUACGCUUUGCGUUUAUUUGACUAUACAGGGUGUUUCUGGUUAAAAAAUAAAUAAAAACUGAAAAAGCAGGAUGCUGUAACUGUUAAAUAUUCCUCUGUGGAGCUUCAGGGUAAUCUCACAGCCCACUUCCACCAGCCUCACCGCUUUCUGUCCUCCCGCUGUUCAAAUAUAAACCUGCAGCUCUCUGUAACAGCAGGGCAAUAAGGACAGAGGAUGGACAAAAUGGACUUUAAAUAUUUCCUUUUGUGCAUUUUUUCAGUUAAUCUUAACAUUCUGCAUGGUUUUGAUAUAUCACAAUCUCUUGUUUUGUGCCUGAGAGGUCACCAGACUUCAGUUUGUGCACAUGUUCAAUUCACAUCCAGGAUCAACUCAGGAAGUGAAAUUUAGAUAACAAACAGGGAAUCCAAACCUGAAGAGGAACUGCAGGGAAAAUGGGUCCAAUUUGGUUAAUUUUGAAACAAUCUGGCCACAGUAUUGGUAAAAUUCAGUGAUUUGUUGUGCAGAAAGCUGUUUAUUCUGAUCUGUAAAGUUUCUUUUGUGUAAAUGAAAGUUAGAUUUUAAAAAAACAAACGUUUUUAUGAGACCUGCAGAACUUUACGUCCAUUUUCAUCGUUGUUUUCAUGGCUGUACAAACCGCAGCUUCGAACAUCUUUCACCUUUUUCUUUCUGUUUUUGCUUCUCACCACCAGUAAUCUCAAAUAUCUUCUUUUCUGUAACAUGUAAGCUUAGGUAACUGAAGCUUAUCGGUGUAGGAUCUUUUUAAUCAAUCAGGGAUGUUUUUGCACCAUGCACUGUUGCUGGGUAGUUUUAGAUCCAUUACAUUAAAGUUAUUAUAACUAAGAUUAGAUAAGAAAAUUACUAUUAAUGGUAUUUUUAUUUGUAUAUCAUUUUGUUUUCAUCUCUGUUUCAAGGUAGAAAUAAAUAUAGAGUUUGUA